GUGAAAUCAGCUGCUGAGUUCAUGUGUGAAACAAAAAUAUGGCAGGACUUUUACUUUUUGGCCCCGGGACUAUACACCUCUGAUGAAUUGAAUCAGGUGUUCUAUAUAGAGCAGGGGUGCCCAAACUCGGCCCUCGAGGACCGGUGUCCUCCAGAGUUUCGCUUCAACCCUAAUCAAACACACCUGCAUGUAGCUUCCCUGAUAGAAAGAGAGCAGAUGAAAACAAUUGAAUCGAUGCUUAAAACUGUUGAUUCGUUAAUGUUUUUUUUUUGUCAGCCACCAUUAUUGUUUGCUUUAGUUGGGUUCUUGACUCUUGUAUUUUAAUGUCAAGUUUUCAUUGUCUGCUGUAACUGCAGGAAUAUGUUUGUGUGAUCUAAUAUGCAUUCGGAUCAGGUGAUUGUAAUUGUUGUGAGAUUAUUCAAGUAAUCGCUUAUGAGUGUGUUAUGAUGCAUUUGUGUGUGACUAAAGCAGUGGUACAGCAUCAGACUACUAUUAACAAAUAUAAAAUAAGCUAAGUUGCUGACUCAAUUAGACAUGAAGAAUCAGUGUACAGUAUGAAACUCAACAAUGGUGACAAUCAACAAAAGAAAGCUUCAUGCUGCAAUGCAUGCUGGGUAACAUCAUAGUACAAAACACAUUCAUGACUCCCAGCAUGCAUUGCUUUGUUGGUCUGUGUAUCAGAAUUAGUUUGAUGAUUUUCACCAUUGUUGAGGUUUGUAUGAUGACUUUUGAUGUCUAAGGGUGCACUCUUAUUUAGCCUGGUUACUCUCAACUGUGCCCAAGUGAGAUUGUCCUCCUUCCCACUCCCCCGCUGGUCUGCGCUCACAUUGCUCUUUACCAUCCACACCCGAGCACGCUUUCAUCAUUACAAUGUGACUGCUUCAAAGCAAACGUAAACAAAGCGAUCCCUCUCAACACAACGGAACCCAUCACAAUGUUCAGUUUGGGGCUUGUUAGAGGUGUUUAACUUCAUGCGUGCGCUGCACAGACCGAUCUGCUUAAAUGAUGUCAUUGUCAUACGAGAGCGAUACGGCUCAUUAUGCUUUUAAAUCACCCUCUCGUACUUUAUUACAGUAAAGCCUAUCGUUACACACGUUGGAUUAUGUUUGUCAAACCAGGAGUAGUUCCAGCUGCGAUGACACACGCCUGCACGUGUAAGUGCGCUGUUUAUCAGUUUUUUACGGUGACCGCUGAAUCUCAGGAAGGACUUUAAACAGUCGCAUAAUUUAUGUCAUGCUUUCAGUUCUGCGCCCAACCGCACCGUUCUCUGGCCCACCUCUUCCAAGCAAGCCAGGGACCGCUAAACGAACCAUGCCCGUGCGCGAUACAGAGCGAUCACACUAGUCAAAUGAAAUGUCAACAUUUUUUCAACAUUAAUUGCGGGUGCAAAAGUGAUAUUGAUUUAAUGUCAUUAAAGCUACAGUUUGUAAAAACCGCCACUAGAGGGCGCACGAUCAAAACAACAAUGGCGUAGCUUGAUGACGCUGUGAAGGAGCGUGGAAUGAUGGGAUCUGUUGUCUUCAACUCCACCGCUGAUGGCCAUCAAUCAGACGGGAACGAGAAAUCAUGUUAGCGGAUGAGAAAGGAAAGCCAUAUUUCAGAACAGAGGCCAUAACCAGCUUCAUCAGAAACAUGUCCGACAAUGAGACCAUUGACCUGUCUUGUCUUGGCCGACCGUUUCAGUUGGGAAUGCUGUAUGACUGCAGAAAGGAUUCUCUCAUUCCAGGAAUAACUCUCUGGGACCCCAAGGUGCUGCAAAAUAAUAUUAAUGUACGUCCGCAGCCAAAAACUGACUUCAAAAUCAUUGCUUCGGAUUCAAGUGAAGACAAAACAGAAGCUUUGAAUGUCUCUGCAUCUCUUGAAGCCAGCUUUCUAAGUGGAUUAGUCAGUGUAAAAGGCUCAGCUGAAUAUUUACUUGACAAGAAGAAGUCCAAAAAUCAGUCUCGAGUCACUUUACAACACUGGACAACAACACGUUUUGAGCAAUUAACUAUGGAGCAACUUGGAGUAGGGAACGUAAAGUAUAGCAAUGUAUUUAAAGAGGGUUCAGCCACACAUGUUGUUACGGCAUUACUGUUUGGAGCUCAGGCAUUCUUUAUUUUUGAUUGUGAUGUUUCAACCAGUGAAAGCCAUCAAGAGAUACAUGGCGACCUCCAUGCAACAAUCAAAAAGAUUCCUCAAAUAUCAAUUGAAGGUCAGGCAUCUUUGACCAUGAAAGAAUUGGACAAAGACAAAAUAAACAAGUUCAGCUGCACCUUUCAUGGAGAUUUUGCUCUGGCCAAUAACCCAGUAACUUAUGUAGAUGCCAUCAAGGUGUACUCAGAGCUGCCAAAUCUGUUGGGGGAAAAAGGAGAGAAUGCUGUGCCCAUGACCGUGUGGCUUUACCCUCUGAAAAAACUUGAUUCAGCAGCUGCUCAGUUAGUCAGGGAGAUCAGUGUUAGCCUGAUACGACAAGCCCAACGGAUCAUGGAUGGACUGGAUGAUUGUGACGUUCAGUGUCAAGACCUGAUGAGGGACAAUGUCAUCAUCCAGUUCCCUGAAAUCAAAGCCAAGCUAAGAACAUUUAAGGACCUCUGCUCAGAGUACAAAGUUGUUUUUCAGAAACAUCUCUGCAGGCUUCUUCCAUCUAUAAGGGGUGGAGGAAAAGAAGAACAGGAGCUUUCAGAUUUUCUGAACAGAAAAGAAACAUCUCCAUUUCAGAGUGCUCUGGUGAACAAGUACCUAAAUGAGCGAAAGCGGGAGAUAAAUGUGGUUAGAACUUACCUUGACAUCAUGAAAGACGUCCAUGUUCUUUCAACAAGCAAUGACCUGGACAAGAUUGUAUUGAAAGCAUCCAAUGACUAUGUGGUAGUAUUUGCACUCUCCUCCUUAAAUGAAAAGGAACCCUACAUUUUAGACUUGAAGAACUACCUUAAACAACAAUCAAGUGACAAAGGGGAACAGCCAAGCAAUGACCAAAGCUCUACAGAAAGGCCAAAGAAAUGGUUUUCUAAAGAAGACGUAACAGCACAGAACAGGGAAAACAUACAGGCCUUCGUAGAUUUCAAAGAAGCCAAUAAAGGGAAAAAGAACAUUGAAUUCUGCAUUGCAUCGAUUCAAGAUGAACUCAGCACUGCCUCUUCAAUUCAUGUUUAUGAACGAGCGAGACUCAUCAGCUCAGACUACAAGCUUCCCUCAAAACCCCCAAUGCCAAAUUUCUUGAGUGCCGAGCAUGACUGUAUACAUCUGCAGAUCGUGCCUCCUGACCGCGGCGCUAGUUUUGUGACCUCAUAUUGUAUUUCAUACAAGUCUGCAGAGAGCUCUGAAUGGACAGAGGUAUAUACUGAUGGGAUCCCUGAUCAGGUCACUGUCAAACAGCUACAGCCGCAUAAAGAAUACUGUUUUACAUGUAAGGCAGUGUGUCAUCCAGGUGCAAGUUUGGCAAGUGACAAAACACAAUCCUUCAGGACCCUUCCAUGUGCUCCUCCAGGAGCCCCCACAGUCAUAAGAGUCAAAUCAGAAUCUGCAACAUUAGUUUGGGAUGUCCCUAAAUCCGUGGGCGAAGAUAUUCUGGUCACUGGAUACAUGUUGAAAUUUAAAGAACGAGCAAAGGAUCAGCAAUCCGGAAAGCCAUGGGAAUCUGUGAAAUCUGAAAGCAGGGAGUGCAUUCUUAAUGGACUGAAAGCAAACACAGACUACACAGUCAGAGUUUUGGCAAACUGUGGAAGUGAAAAGAGUCUCCCCAGCUCUGAAACUAUGUUUUCUGCAUGUUCAAAGACCAAACCCUCAGACAAGACUGAAAGUGGAUUGUUCCUGGAUCAAUCUUCAUGUAUACAUAAGGGGAAUCCUUCAAUUUAUAAACUGACUCUACACAAAAAAAAGAAAGAGAAUGAAGACUUUGAUCAGUAUGUCUUUGGAAAACAGGUGGAGAGUGUGAAGAACAAAGUAAUUCUUCUUAUAGGAGCGACAGGUGCCGGAAAAACCAUGCUCAUCAAUGUGAUGGCCAACUACAUACUGGGUGUAAAGUGGGAGGAAGCGCAUCGCUUCAAACUAAUCCACGAAAAGACUCAUCGCACACAGGCCGAGAGUCAGACAACUAUCGUCUCAUCUUAUGAGCUGAACAGUCAGCCUGGCUUUCAAAUUCCCUUCUCACUCACAAUCAUAGAUACACCCGGCUUUGGUGAUACAAGAGGAAUCGAACAUGAUAAACUGAUUUCAAAGCAGCUGAAAAGCUUUCUUUGUAGCCCUUUGGGAAUCGAUCGCAUUGAUGCCGUCUGCUUCGUAGUCCAGGCCUCUCUGGCUCGCCUGAGUGCCAAUCAGAGGUACAUCUUUGACUCAAUCCUGUCAAUUUUUGGCAAAGACAUCGGAGAGAACAUCAUGAUUAUGAUGACAUUUGUAGAUAGUAAAGAAAGUCCUGAAGUCCUGAAAGCCAUCAAAGCAGCAGAUCUGCCUUGUCAGAAAAAUACAAAGGGAGAACCCAUGCAUUUCAAGUUCAACAACACAUGUGUGUAUGCAGACAAGACCGUAAAAGAGCCUACGACCUCUCAAAGCGAUUCAGAUGAUGAUGAAGGUGAAGAUGAUGAUAAUAAACUGAACAAAAUUGUCUGGACAUCAACUUUCAAACAGAUGAAAGCCUUUUUCAAAGCACUGGGCAAAUUUGAAAGUAAAGAUAUGACACUGACCAAAAAUGUCCUGAAAGAACGAGAGCAACUCGAGAAAGUCAUGGCAGAUCUGACCCCUCAAAUAACCGAUGGCCUCACUAAACUGACAGAGAUAAACUCAUUUAAGGAACUUUUGAAAAAUGACAGUAAGAGCAUGCAGGAAAGUAAGAAUUUCGAGCAAGAAGUUGAGGUGACGAUAACAAAAAGAAUCCGGAUAGACAGUUUUGCCCUGAAUUGCUACUCCUGCUCUUUCACAUGCCACUCCACCUGCUUCCUCCCUGCAGAAGAUUCUGUGGAGACUUGCGCUGUGAUGGAUGAAUCUGGAUGCUGUGUUGUCUGCCCUAAAACCUGCUCUCACACUUUACAUUUAAAGGAAAAGGCAAUGUGGACGUAUGAAAAGAUAAAAGAGAAAAAAAGCAUUAAAGAGCUAAAAGAAAUAUUCAUGAAGGCACAAGAAAGAUUUAUGGACACGCAGAGCAUUCUUGAUGCGCUCGAAAAGGAAUUCUCUUUAAUUCAGGUCAAAGUGAGGAAGCUGAUCAAAAUGUCCUCUGAUUGCUUGAAUAAACUGAAUAAAAUUGCACUGAAGGCCAGAUCUCUCUCCACUGCAGAAUACCUUGAAGUCUUGAUCAAAAUGGAGAAGGCGGAGAAAUGUCCUGGAUUUGAAGACCACAUUGUUGAACUCGAGAGGAUUAAAGAAGAAAGUCUUCUUCUGGAAAUGAUUGCAAAAGGAGAUGAUCUGCUCACAUGAGCCCAACUGUGAAAACACAGACACUGGAGUCCAUCAAACUGAAGCCUGAGGGCUGUGGAAAUCUGUCUCUGGACUCAGUCAAGGCUGACCUUACUAUAUUCAGCUUUUUAAAACUAGCAAAUGUAUUGUGGGAAUGUUGUUUUUUUGGGGGAAAUGCGCAUGUCAUAAUAUUUCAUUGCAUGUUCAAUUAUGAAACAUUAAAUGAAAAAGUAAUCGAAAAAGUGUUAAAAUACGUGGUACUAUAGUUAAUGGUGUAAUACGUGGCUAACAAUGAGUUAAAAUAAUUGUGUGAUAAAUAAUCUAAAAACAAUAAACAUGAACAAUUAAAAUAGUCUGUUGUCUCAUUUCAGUAGCAUAACUUGCAGAUCAAAGUAUGAAAGUGUUCGGUUCGUUCGGCAUCUUCUUUACAGUCUAAUUAUGCAUCACCCCGAUAGCAAGCAAUUAUUGAAUCAAUGUCAAAAUGGUUGAUUUGUCAAUGUUAAUGGUAUUAAAAUCAAUAUCACUGUUGUAACCACAAUUAAUGUUGAAAAGUGAUGAAAUUUCUCUUGACUCUGGACUUUAAUUGCUGGUUUUGCUUUGACUGUUCAUGUGUAUUAAAACACAUGUGUUCGUGGCAAAAGAACUAACCCACACUGAAAAAAAUGAAACUUUGGACCAACUUGUUACAGCCAAUUGUAUUACUUUUUCCUCUAGUAAUAGUUUUGCUUUGGUUCAAACUUUAAAUUUUUAUUUUAUAAUAACCAAAAUAUUUAUUUGACCAAAGCCAAAAGAGGAUUUAUUAUGAAGGCCACACUCCAUUUUUUGACUUUGUUACAUUUUUUCAUUUUGGAGCAACCUAAUAUUUAACGUAUAUUUACUAUUACCCGAUAGCAAGCAAGCAUUAAAUCAAUGUUAAAAUUGUCAAUGUUAAUUGCAUUGAGUCAAUAUCAGUUUUGCACCCACAAUUAAUGUUGAAUGUUGAAACUACCAUCAUUGUGAUUAGUGUUUACUUGAGUUGGGCUCUUGACUAUUGUGUUUUGGUGUUUAGUAUUCAUUGUCUGCUGUGACAGUGUGCUAAAAUGCAUUUAUUGAAACAAAGAAAACUAAGCUCCAUUUGGAUCAGAUGACAGUGAUUGUAAUCAUUUUGCAGUUAUCUCAAGGAAUGUCUGGUGGUGUUAAUGUGUGAAACUUUUAUAUAUUGUAUAGAAUGUGUGUUUUGCAGUGUGAGAUGAAACCAGUGGUACAACUAUUAUUCUUCUAUCAAUUAACAGAAAAUGCUCAGAUUGAUUGACUGAAUUAAUUAGACAUCAAGAAUCAGUGUAUAAAACUCAAUAAUGGCGACAAUCAACAAAAUAAAGCUUCAUGCUGCAAUGCAUGCUGGGUAACAUCAUAGUUCAAAACUCAUUCAUGACUCCCAGCAUGCAUUGCAGUUGAUCUGUUUAUCUGAAUUAGUUUGAUGAUUGUCACCAUUGUUGAGGUUUGUAUGAUGAGUGUUGAUGUCUAAGUGUGCCAGGACAAUUGCCUGUUUGUUUUAUCACAGUGUCUUUAUAUUUGAGAACCAGGACAUUUGAAUCAGUCAUAAAACAUCAACUUCCACAUUAUUUAGUGCCACUUCUCAUGUUUAUCAAAGCUUGAUAGACAUUUCAAAAACUUAACUUUAACGCAUCUCUUUUUUUCUUAUUAAUGCUGGUGUGUUCUUAAUGAAACACUAUUGUAAACACUUAAAGAGAAAAGAGAUUUAAGUUAAACAAAGUCAGGGAUCAAAAGCCCAACUAAAGCAAACACUGAUCACAAUUAUGAUUGUUUCUUGAAAUGUAUAAAUUUAGAUUUGAACCAAGCCAUAUAGUUUACUUUGCUACCUAAUAUAUUUAAGUAAAAUUUUACUGAUUUGCAUGUCUACCUCAAGAUGUUUUACUCUCUCAAAACAAAAAACUUAGCUCUGUAUGCUGUGGUAGGCUAUAUGAGACCAGCUUUUUUAUUGUCCUUAUGUUGCUCCAAUUGCUUCCAUUGUUUCCCUCAUCUGUAAGUCGCUUUGGAUAAAAGCGUCUGCUAAAUGACUAAAUGUAAUGUAAUGUUCAUUGUGACAUAAAUGUUGGAAGGUACAUUUAACACUACCUUAAUUACCUUAAUAGUUGUUAACUAUUAAUAAAUCAGUGAAAAAAUGUGAAACGAUGUGGUCUAACUGUUCUUUU